GGCAGAGAAUUUACGAGGACACUCCAAAAAUUCACUAGCCUGGAACAAAAAACGUGUCAGCUGGCUAUCGACUUUCACAUCGAGUCAUCAACAAAUCGAAAUUAAUUACUUCAACACUUGAUUGGAGUUCUAACAGUUCACUUUUUUAAAAGAAAUUCAGGGACCACCACAGCCUAGCUUCCUGUCCGUAAACUGGGACUGGAGUCCUUUGCUUCAAGCUUAGCGCUACUCCCGGGCGUUUAUCUGGUGACGGUAUUCUUUUCUUGUAUUUGUUGUUUAAUUCCUGUAUUUAAUAUACUCUUAGGUAUUUGUCUAAAUCUCCAGUUUUGAACCAUAUUGUGGAAUAAGGAUAUGCUCAGGAGAAUAUAAGGUAGAUAUUCGUAACGGACUUUAACACUUCAAAGCGUAAAGUAGUCCAUCCGCGACAUGUCGCAGACUACAGUUACAACUUAAGAAACUCCUCUGUAGUAGUAUCCCGAGUCGAAAAAGAUUUAGGAAUCCUGAUGCCCCACGAUUUGAAGUCACGCUAACUGUGACAAAAAUGCCUUUCGAGCGAACCUUGGACUGGUAACAUUGAAGCGCAUUUUUGGCCAGUUUGACGGAAGAACUUUCCACAUAAUCUUCAACAGUUUUAUUCGUCCCCAUUUAGAGUACGGAUACAUAGUAUUUCCUCCCUCACUCCAAAAGGAUCCUUUUGGAGUGUCCUUAUCGAUAAGGACACUCUGGAGGGUACCCAACAGCGAGCCACGAAAUCAGUUCGGGGACUCAAAUUCAAAUCUUAUGAAAAGCGCCUCCAAUCACUUAAGUUUUACCCAUUGGAGUAUAGGCGUCUUAGAGGUGACCUUCUGAUGUCUUACAGUAUCCUUAACACUUCUGGACAUCCCCUUAAACACUUACUUAAGCUUAGUCCCAAUACAAACCUAAGCGGUAACACCCAGAAAUUGGAGACACAACAUACCAGAACAUACUGUAGACACAAAUUCUACUCCUUAAGAGUUGUCAAAUGCUGGAAUUCGCUGCCGACUGAACUAGUCCAAGCGACUUCCCAGGAGUCCUUUAAGAGGAAACUUGACCUAUUCUUAAGGACUAAGGAUAACAUCUUAUUGUGAGUUACCAAUAUCUUUUUUAUAAUCUGUUAUAGUUAAUAUACCUAUGUUCCUGCCUGGAGGUAUUGGUGAUCCCCUGCUACUAGACACAGAAGCCUGUUAAACGGAAGCUUCUGUUCCGUCCACAUCCAUUUGAAACUUGGCAAAAUUACAUAUAAAUGAUAUUUUCCGCUGUGAUUAAAGUGUAGCUUUUCGCCUAAAUGCCUUCUCAAAGUUAAUGCCUUAAUGGUUGCCCAAAUGUACACCAAUCAGUCUAUUUUUGCCCACAUUUACCAUUGUCAUUUUACCUCCCUCCAUAAUGUCUUCGACAUUUACUUACUGCUGGAAAAAGUUUCUUAGCGCUUGACCUUAUUAUGAAGAGUAAUUCGUGUUUAAGAAGUAAUUUGCAGGAGUUCUAAUCAUAAUCCUCAAAAAUAUCACCAUUUUGGUGUCUGUCAUACUUUGUGUUUGUGAGAAGUAUGAUAAUUGUUGAUGUCUAGAAAAUGUGGAACCUAGCUGUGUAUCUGGAGUUUGUUUGAUGAGAACGUGCACUAAGAAUGUUUCUUUUUUUCAACUAGAGAUUAAUUUAGCGUUUUAAGACCGGCUUAUUUCUUCUCAGUACACCACAUACAUAUGAAAAUGUUGAAGUAUAUGUAGGCAUUCGUUUAUUUGAGGAAAGUGUUCAUAUUAAAAUCGAAACAAUAGUGUUGAAACUAAAUGUUCCCAUCUUUAUUGGUAGUCCGCAUUUUCGUCUAGUAAAUUCUGAAGCAAUAACCACCAACUGUUGUGGCGUGGUUGUAUUUGGAUUUUUAUCACAAUAUGAGGUGUGAUGUUCGAUAAGAAAACGGGAAGGAAAAAGAAUAACACUAGUUUGUUACUUAUAUCAUCAUUCUUUCGUUGCUUUUACGUUUGAUUUGUCUCAUCAUGAGAGAAACCUGAUAUAAAUUCUAGUAAGUCCUCUUGCUCACACUGACCAAUUCGAACUUUGCUGUUAAUGCAUCUACGUAAAAAGAAACAUAAAAAUUCGUUCCUAAUUCGUUCAGUAAAAUCAUUUUGUUAAACCAUGUUUUAUACGAAGUUCCAAGAGAAGUAAAAUUGGUGGGCGAUCUCAGUCUCAUAACCUAAUCCUGAUUAUAUCUCAAUAAUGCCUUCAGAUUUCCAUUCAUGAGCUUGGUCACACUCAUCUGAAAUGUAAAUAAUUGAUUAAAGGAAUCUAUGAUCUUGCAUAUCUAUUCCUUAUACUUUCCUGCUAAGGAUGUUUCUAGGAUUUCCGGUUCCUUCUCACUUGAAGGCAACAAAACUGAUGAUCCACCCAUGUUACUGAACAUGCUAUUAAAGGACGAAUUAUUUAAAAUGCAUAUCAUUUGGCUGCAUCCAAAUCAGCUGAGUCGUAUGGAUAAUCGGGUUUUCGUUUGAGUCCCGCUCUGCUAAUGAUCAGCAGAAUUAUUGCGCUUACCACGGGCUUCUCACUUUAUAGGGGUAAAGUAGUUUCAUCCUGCGAAUUACUUUGUUAAACGAAGCAACUAAGUGUUUAGUUAGAUAGAAAUAAUCUAUGAGCAGUUGAUUUUCUGCGUGUAACACCUGAUUAGUGCAAGACUGCACAUUUAGUAAUAGAUUGGUUUCCAUUCACAUUGAGUCGAUUUACUAUCGAUAUCAACAAUGCCAGGACGUAUACAGCACGUCUCACUCACUAUCCAUAUGCUUGCCGCAAGCAGUACCUGCUUCUUGACCAAAGCAUUAAUGGAAACAAUUUUCUGUUGUACGUGGAAAAAGUAUGGAGCUAGGAGAUUAGUUUCCAAAUCCUAAUGCAUAAAAAGUAUGUAAUGACGGAAUCAUUAAUUCACUGUUAGCAUAGAUUACUGAUGUGCACUUACAUACUAUAUCACUUACAGAAACCCACACGUACUCAGUAGUUAGUCAUGAUUAAUUUUAUUGUCUGGACGUUUUAAGCGGUUGAAGAGGGUCUACAAAAUAACUUCUUGCCGUCCUACGAUUAUUGUAUGUUUCACUAAGGCCUAUAAAGAAGUGGGACUGUUUAAAAAAAUGUUUUCAUCUGUUGGUGUACGAGAUACAAUUACAGGGAUCCCGUUGGUUCCAUCCUUACGUUUUAUCAGUAUUAUUCCCUAAGGAUUACUCACUGCGUUUUUGUUUAUUAUCCAUUUAAACAUUUUCUGAUUUGAGACAAGAUGAUUACCUCAUUGAUCGAUUCAAAAGUCUGACUUAGUUUAAAAAUAUCCAUAUAUUACAAAAACAGGAAUUGUGAUUUUAAAAACUGUUCAUCACUAAGAUAUUUCCUACUUUUAGGUCUGGGUCUUUUAUAUAUCUCAAUAAAGAUGCCAAAGAGUAAGUCCAUUGAAGCACGUCCAAGAAAACGUAAACAAAGUCAAAGAAUUGAGGAACUUACCAAUUCAGUUUCUGAGCAUCCUAAACGCGAAGUAAAUCACAUAUCACACCUGUCAGAUGGCUCACGCCACCCAAAACUCAGAAGCCGUGUUAGCCAUGAGCGGUCAUUCCUAACGGAUUUCCACAUUGUAAACAAAGUUCCAAAGUGGUUCAUUUUAUCUUUCAUAUAUUUGGGGGUCUUGUUUUUUUUGAUGAUGAUUGCCUUUCGUCAAGUAAUGGUAUGGUAUCAGGGAAAACAAGUUAUUACUCCACUUCAUCUACCUAAAGUAAUAUCGGAUGCUUCAUCGCAUGAACGAUCUCAUAGUUUGUUUUGGGGAAGUUAUCGUCCCGGAAUUUAUUUUGGUAUGAAACAUAGAAGCCCCAAAUCUCUUUUGUUUGGAGUUAUGUGGACAGUCCAAGAUCCAGAAAAUUUUGUCUACCGCCACUCCUGUGAUCAAUUUGAUGGCGUUCUAAGCUACAACUGGUUGGAACACGAUGGUCGUACUUUUGGAACACAGCAAAUAGUAGAUAUCCAUCAUAUUAUCACGAUAUCUUUUGUAAAACCGUCUUCUGACUUGAUGGGCGGUGACUGGACAGUAAGGAUUUCGGCAGUUGCGCGGAAUCGUACUUCUAUGGAAUAUCCAUUGUCGGUAAUUGUCUACUUUUAUUAUCCUGGUGAUAAAAAUGACUUCUUCAUCGAACCAGUCAUUUCGAAUAAGAAAAUUACUGGAUUGCAAGGUAGUUCAAUGGAGUUGAGUGAUUUUCAUGUUUUGUUUCAUCCUACUCCUCAUAAAUUACAGGAGAGUUCUCUCGUGGCUUAUAUACCUAGAGAAGAUACAAUUAAAGAGACAAUGUUAUCUGGUUUAGGAGUUAGAAGAGAUAAGAAUUUCUUGGCACUAACAGGUGUCACAAAGAAUCAUAAUAAAAAUCAACCUCCAAAUGCAUGGUUUUAUGAAAUAAGUACAAUACCCAAUGAAAAUAAUCAACCAAUUCUGGAUGUCGAAUUCUUUCGAUCACAAAGUCCAUUUGAAGGUUUUCAUGGGAAUAGUUUCUCUGAAGAGUUAUCUAAACAGUCUAUAAGUUUCCAUAAACGUUUUGUUGAAAGAUUCAGUGUUGAUUUAACGAAGUUUUCUAAUAGACAGGUCAACUUAUCUAAAAUUUCAGUCAGCAAUCUACUGGGUGGUAUUGGUUUCUUUUACGGCACAUCGUUAGUUCGUUCGGCUAAUAUUGGACCGGAACCAGUAUCUAAUUGGGCGUCCAGUUUAUUUACUGCCACUCCAUCUCGUCCCAACUUUCCGCGUGGAUUUUUAUGGGAUGAAGGAUUUCAUGGUUUGAUAUUGGCCCGAUGGGAUCCAAAUCUUGCAAUGGAAACAGUCGGUUCAUGGCUCGAUCUUAUGAAUGCUAAUGGUUGGAUUCCACGUGAACAGAUUUUAGGUUGGGAGGCCAGGUCAAAGGUUCCAUCCGAAUUUGUUGUUCAGUCCUCUGAUGUUGCCAAUCCACCAUCCUUGAUUUUAACUGUUGAAGCUUUGUUAGAUCGUUUGCCUCGUCUAACUGUUGCUGAAGCUAAUGAAUUUCGUCGUUGGUCUUUGUUAAUUCUUCCAAGGCUACAUGUUUGGUAUCAAUGGUUCAAUACUACUCAGAUUGGUCCUGUCCCUCUGUCAUAUCGCUGGCGCGGUCGCAAUCCAAAUGAAAUUCAUCAGCUGAACCCUCUUACAUUAAGUUCUGGAUUAGAUGAUUUCCCUCGUGCCUCUCAUCCAACUGAUGAUGAACGUCACAUUGAUUUACGUUGUUGGAUGACUUUGUUUGCUCGUGUAAUGGCAAGAUUGACUUCUGUUGUUACACAAUUUAUGCAGGCAGAUCAAAAUGCAAAUGGUCGAUCAAAGCUAGAAGAGACUCGUUCAUUGAUUGCUGAAUAUACUCGUUGGGCUGAUCUAUUAUCAGAUGAGAGUGAACUGGAUAGACUUCAUUGGUCAGAAAAACAGGGCCGCUAUGCUGAUUAUGGUCUGCACACAGACUUUGUUAGACUAGAGAUGCCUGAUAUACCUAAGGGACCACAUGUUUCUAAUGAGCAGAUGAGAUUGGUACGAGUAACUGUGAAAACGCCAUCACUGCAGUUAGUGGACACCUCGUUUGGAUAUGUAAAUUUAUUCCCAUUUCUUUUGAAAGUUCUUUCUCCUACAUCACCACGACUUCCUCGUUUGUUAGCUGACCUGAGUAAUGAGGAAUUGCUGUGGUCUGAGUUCGGCUUGCGUUCAAUCAAUCUUAAGUCUCCUUUUUACCAUACACACAAUACCAAAGAUGACCCACCCUACUGGCGAGGUGCUAUAUGGAUAAAUAUAAAUUAUUUGGCCGUACAGUCACUACGUUAUUAUUCUCACCAUUCACGUACACCUAUACCUGUCGCUGCAGAAGCUAAACGGUUGGCUGAACAACUGACGCAAAAUUUAGCACGUACCGUAUUAGGUGGACUUGAACGAACAGGUCAUUUAUGGGAACAGUAUAACGAUCAGACUGGAAAUGGUCAACGUGGUCAUCCGUUUUCAGGAUGGACAAGUUUAAUUAGUUUAAUAAUUAGUGAUAGUUCUUAACUUGUUUGUACAUUGUUUUUAUCAUUUAUAUGCCGUGACUUAAUGUUGUAUAUCCUUUUCUUUUUUACGUAUUUUGUCUUUAUGUUGUUAUAUUUUUGAUCUGAUGAAUAAAUUUUGGUGG